AUGUUAGUGGGAAAUGCUGUUUUGUUAUUUCUUGGAGGAAGUGACACAAUAUUUGGGUCUCUGAUUUGGCUGUUGAGAUUGAUGGCGGAUCGUAAAGAUGUGCAAGACAAAGUGUACGCCGAAAUAAAGAGUGUUCUUGGAAUGGAUGGAAAAGCAAAAUAUGAAGAGAGAGAUUUGAUUCCUUAUACAUUCGCUGUAUUGAUGGAAACACAGCGAUAUUCUGAUUUUGUCACAAUUUUCGCGAGUAGAAAGGCUAGUGAAGAUAUACACAUUAAAGGAUAUACCAUUCCUAAAGGAUCGUAUAUUACAAGUAAUAUUUGGACCAUUCAUCACGAUCCAAACUAUUGGGAAGAACCACACAAGUUCAUACCGGAAAGGUUUUUAUCUAAUAAUGGCACAAAAUUGGAAAAAAAUCCAUCAAGUUUUGCUCCGUUUUCAAUUGGCAAGUAA